CAAUGCAACAAUGGAUUUUGAAAAUGUCGGUAGAUCGUUUCAAGAAGCGGCUGACGUUAUGAGAAGGGCAAAAGUAAAAACGAGCAACGACGACAAAUUGCUUCUGUACGCUUUAUUCAAGCAGGCGGAGUGUGGGCAAUGCAAUGUUGCUAAGCCAGCGUUUUAUGACUUGAUUGGUCGAGCAAAGUGGGAUGCUUGGAAGAAGUUAGGAAACAUGACCAGAGAAGAGGCGAUGAAGGUUUAUGUGGCAACAGCAGAGAGAUUGUUGCCACGAGAGCAAUGGCCUGCUAAGGGUCAAAACGAUGAGGGACUCCAAGUGUCUAGAUCAUUUGGUGUUGGAGGAAUAUCUGUUAGUAAAAUGGUUGAUAAUGAUGAACCCAUUCUCAGAGAUGAUGAGAAAACAGCAUUUGAUUGGUGUAAGGAAGGCAACUUGUCCCAGUUGCACAAACUACUAAAACUUGAUCCAAAUAUAGUAAAUUAUAUUGACGAUCAGGGUUUGUUUUUGUUGCAUUGGGCAUGUGAUCGUGGUCACGUAGACAUUGUGCGUUUGCUUCUGGACUACAAGGCGAAUGUCAAUCAGACGGAUCUAGAUGGACAAACACCAUUACAUUAUGGUUGUUGCUGCGACUUCAAGGAAGUCACUCAACUUCUACUCUCAGCUGACGGCGACGUCAACCUUCGUGACUAUGAGGGAAACUUGCCGGUGGAUGUCGCCAGUAGCAACGCAGUGAAGCAGCUCGUGUCUCAACGACUGUCACUCUACUAAACAUACUUACACUGCCAACAUGGACCACAAGGCAUUUGUAUAGGAAAGAUGGAUUGAUGUCACUCAAGCAAGUAUCACUACACGUACCAUCAUCGUUUAUGCCAUCACUUUAGUGUAGAUAUUUGAUUGAAGUCUUGAGUGUGGCGACAUAGGAAUGCACUGUACAGUAUGUAGGUCUUUUACUGUCUAGCUGUAAUAGACUGUAUGUGCAUACUUGUCAUCUUGUAUUAGAGCGCAGGCUUCACUAAAGAUUAAAAUUCAAUUUUAGUAAAUAAAGAUUUAAGUGUAGUGUGUGUGUG